AGGUCCAAGAACAACCCCCUCUCUCUCGCACGCACUUUCUUGUUUCUUCCUCAGUUCAUCGGUCGCGGAAAAAGCGUGCACGCACACACAGUUCAUUGGUGGCUCAAAAUUUACCUUAUCUGACGGUGGCACGAGCAAUGGUGAAAAGAAAAGGAGCGUACGUAGUGGUGGCCACUACUCACUCUUUUGCUUGCAGGUUAUAACCACGGCGCUGUGUGUGUUGGAGUGGUAGGAAGAAGCAGCAGCCAGCCAUUUUGCGCACCUGCGUGCACUGCACUCCCACGGUGGUUUAGGUCGAUCUGAGGAGGAUUUAGAUGGAUACGCUGUUUCGGUUGGUUAGCCUCCACCAGCACCACCACCACCCACAGGCGCCCUCCUCGCCGGACCAGCAGCAGCGCCACCACCAGUCGCCCUACAACUCCCGCUCCACGUCCCGCAGCACCACCUCCACCGGCUCCCGCUCUUCCCCCGGCUCCCACCGCACCCACAACCACCACUACUACCCCCACUCCCACUACACCAGCAGCAGCAGCUACUACUACUGCGACCCCGCUGCCGGCGCCGGCGGCUACUACUACGACCACCACCAGCCGGCGCCGUACCAACAAGAAUGCGGCAGCGACCACGGCGGCUUCUACAUGGAUGAAGACUUCUCCUCCUCCUCCUCCCCGUCCCGCCACUUCCACCACCAGCCCUCGUCCGCCGCCCCGCCCGCGUCGUCCCCGGCACCCACGCCGCCGCCCCCGCCCCCGCCCGCGCCCUCGUCCGCCUCCGCGGGAGGGCAUGCCGCGCUGCUCGAGGCCGCCGACUUCUCCUUCCCGCAGGUGGACAUCGACCUCGACUUCGGCUCCCCCGCCGCGUCCUCGUCCGGCGGGAGCGGGGCCGGCGCCGGCGCCGGCGCCGGCGCCGGGCGGUGGGCCGCGCAGCUGCUGCUCGAGUGCGCGCGCGCCGUGGCCGCGCGCGACAGCCAGCGCGUGCAGCAGCUCAUGUGGAUGCUCAACGAGCUGGCCUCGCCCUACGGGGACGUGGACCAGAAGCUGGCGUCCUACUUCCUGCAGGGCCUCUUCGCGCGCCUCACCUCCUCCGGCCCGCGCACGCUGCGCACUCUCGCCGCCGCGUCCGACCGGAACGCGUCCUUCGAGUCCACGCGCCGCACCGCGCUCAAGUUCCAGGAGCUGAGCCCGUGGGCGUCAUUCGGGCACGUCGCCGCCAACGGCGCCAUCCUCGAGGCGUUCCUGGAGGCGGCGGCGGCGGCGGCGUCCUCCUCGUCGUCGCAGCCGCCGCGGCUGCACAUCCUGGACCUCAGCAACACCUUCUGCACGCAGUGGCCGACCCUGCUCGAGGCGCUGGCCACGCGGUCGUCGGACGACACGCCCCACCUGUCCAUCACCACCGUCGUGCCCGCCGCCGCGCCGGCGUCCGCGGCUGCGCAGCGCGUCAUGCGGGAGAUCACGCAGCGCCUCGAGAAGUUCGCGCGCCUCAUGGGCGUGCCCUUCAGCUUCCGCGCCGUGCACCACGCGGGGGACCUCGCCGAGCUCGACCUCGACGGCCUCGACCUCCGCGAGGGCGGCGCCACCACCGCGCUCGCGGUCAACUGCGUCAACGCGCUGCGUGGGGUCGCGCCGGGCGGCGCGCGCCGCCGCGACGCGUUCGUCGCCUCGCUCCGCCGGCUCGAGCCGCGCGUGGUCACCGUCGUCGAGGAGGACGCCGACCUCGUGCCGCCCGACCCGGGCGCGGCGUCGACGUCCGAGGAGGCCGGCGCGGACGACGCGGCGGCGUUCAUGAAGGUGUUCGAAGAGGGCCUCCGCUUCUUCUCGGCGUACAUGGACUCCCUCGAGGAGAGCUUCCCCAAGGCCAGCAACGAGAGGCUCGCGCUGGAGAGGGCCGCCGGGCGCGCCAUCGUCGACCUCGUGUCCUGCCCGGCGUCGGAGUCCGCCGAGAGGCGGGAGACGGGGGUGUCGUGGGCGCGGCGGAUGCGGUCGGCCGGCUUCUCCCCGGUGGCGUUCAGCGACGAUGUCGCCGACGACGUGAGGUCGCUGCUGCGGCGGUACCGGGAGGGAUGGACCUUGCAAGAGCCCGGCACGGACGACGCCGCGGCGGCGGGGGUGUUCCUCGCGUGGAAGGAGCAGCCCGUCGUCUGGACAAGCGCGUGGAGGCCAUGACGAUCCACCAUGACGAGGAGGAUCGUGCUCGAUCUAUCGGCAAAACAAGAUGCGCCAUGCUCGGGCUAGGGUAGUGCAUGCAUUGCUCGCUCGUGUGAUCGAGUGGCAACAAAGGCAAUGCAAGCAGGUAGCUAGCGUGCGAUUUUCCCCCACUCGCUUGUCGGAUCUUUUAGCACGUGUUUACCUUGUCACGUAGGGUUUUCCAGCGGCGUAAGUAUGUAGGGAGAAGCUAAAGAUCUCAGAUGGUUAGCACUAUUGUUUUUAGAAAUUUGGGAGGAAUUCAUGACAUUUGUUGCAGUUUCAUUCGUAUUUGUUUGACUCCAAGAGAAGAUCGUUGGAUUAUAUAUGUUGGAUGUGUAGGCUUUUCAUAUA